AUGGCUCAAGAAACUGACAAUGCAAAACCAUCGACUUCUACGCCUGCUUCAGCAUCCGCACCCACGCGCCCAAAAGAGACACUUUCCCUUUCUCCAGCUGGUUCUUCCGAGCCCAGUGUAUACGAUGUAGCCCCAUCUCCUGGCGGCGCAUUGUACGAGGGAACGUCGUCAUUUCUUCAGCAAUCCGUCCAGGCUAGCCAAGAGGUUCAACGCUCUGCAGCUGCAGAGAGUCCUGAAGCAGCACAGACAAUCAGCGAAUCAUUCAACCAAUUGAACUCUAUCUUCAAGAGCCAUAAUGAUAGGAAAUUGCCCUUCGCUGCCUCGACUCGUUCCAUGCCAGAAAUUACACCUCUACCGGCUUCAGUUGUCCUUACUAUUCUACGCAAGAUCAAGGGUACUAAUCCUACCCGAUUCUUUCCUGGCCAAGCCCUCACUGACGUGCGUCUCAUUGAGCACCUGUGCCAAAAGGUCUACUUCCCAACGGAACCAGUAACUCUUGGGCAUAUUACAAGCGUCAAUGGUAUCAUGCGGCUACUGCUCCGCGAAUUCAUCAUCACAAAGGAUAGCCUAGGUGAAGAGCAUAACCUGGAGGAACUCAAAGCGCAGGCUGAGCGAAACUUCGACCAAGGUCUUCAAACCUUUGAGCUUAUGACGGUGCCCAGUUUUGAGAAUAUUCUGGCUAUCACAGCCGCGGUUCUCAAGAUUCAGAACGAAGCCGCUCCUGUCCUGGCCCGUUCGUUAGUCAACGCAGGCCUCAGUCACUGCCAGAUGAUGGGCUACCAUCGAGAGGUAACCUAUCAAAAAGACCAAAGUGGCUUCGCUGAUAACAAGCGUCGGCUCUUCUGGACGCUUUAUGUCUUUGACAAGACAAACUCUCUCCAUUUUGGCAACGCCUCGAGGAUCCAGGACUUUGAAGUUGACGCACAUUAUCCCACUAUACAGGAUGACCCGGCUGAGAAGCCUUGGACUGAACUUUUUAUACUAGCCGUUAGGUUAGCCAAGAUCCAGGGUUUGAUAUUUGAUAAGCUUUAUUCUGUUUCUGGCCUACAGUCCCCUGCUGUAGAUCGCAGACAAUGGAUUGAUGCAUUGGUUACUGACAUGCAUCAAUGGCGAUACGAUUUGGAUCAUAUGGAUGGAAGUACAGUGCGCUUUGCAGAGAUUCUGAAGCUUUCAAAGACCCAUUGGGACAUCAUGUACUACUCAACUCUAACCAUUCUGUUACGAGCUCCGGCAAUGCCAGGAGUAGGCUACGGUGGCGACAAGAUGCUCUCGAAAGCAGACUACAUCGACUGGGCUCUUCACAACUCAUCAUUCACACCUUUUGUCGUCAUAUUUCUGCACUCGAUAGCGGCAUCUAGUCUUGAAGACGUAGAGCUUCUCGAGCAAGUAGUCACCACGUUUCGGAGCGCCCGAGAUAUCAACAUUGGGGCUGAGAAGCUCUAUCAAAUCUGUUCUACCUUUGCACGACUUGCCCGUCGAAUGGCCGAAUCUCGAAACACAUCAGUGGGAAUGUACGAUCAGAACAAUGAUACACUCCAGGUGGCUGGUGUUUCCGAAAAUGAUCCCUUGACUUGGACAGAUAUGGCUAUUCAACCUGCGGAACAGCAGGCUGGUACUGAUGGUUUUGCGGACUUUCUCACUGAUGACAUGACUAACAUAUUGGCUGAUUGGAUCAACGGACAACCCCCAUCAUCUGACAUGUUUGCUAUGGAUUUCGGGGAGUGA